GCAAGGCUCAGGCGGCAUUUUUGCAUUGCGAGCUGCUGCAGGGAUCGCAGAAGGAGGCAGAACAGAAGGGGGCCGGAGUGUCGGUCCAGCUACUAACCCACAACACACAACUCUGCCUGGACCCCCAAGGUGACAGUCUGGAGAGGAAUUGUGAGGGAAACCUGAGCGGAGGAUUACUGGGAGGUGCCAGAUGGAAAAAGAGGGGAAAGGAGAAACUAAAAACUGAAGCAAAAUUAAAGAAUAGAAAAGGAUCUUCUGCUUCUCAGCAUGGAGGACAAAAAAUAAUGCAGAAACAAAGAGAAAAAGAAGCCCGUGCCCUCCACAUAGGAAAAGCUUAAGCUCUGAACCACUGUUCAACAUCAGUUGAAAAAUGCCUGCAGAGGAGAAAGCAUAUGAAUGCUUGGAGUGUGGAAAGAGCUUCAACCAGAGGCGAAGUCUCGCUAUACACCAAAGAACCCACACUGGGGAGAAACCACAUAAAUGCUCUGAGUGUGGGAAGAGCUUCAGCACGAAUGGACAACUCACUGAACACCACAGGACACACAGUGGGGAGAAACCGUAUAAAUGUUCUGAGUGUGGGAAGAGCUUCGGCCGGAGUGGGAAUCUUAUUAUACACCAUAGAACCCACACUGGGGAGAAACCACAUAAGUGCUUUGAGUGUGGAAAGAGCUUCAUCCAUAGUGGACAACUUAAUGAACACCACAGAACGCACAGUGGGGAGAAAGCACAUAAAUGCUUGGAGUGUGGAAAGAGCUUCAAAUUCAGUGGAGGUCUUACUGGUCAUCAUAAAACACACACUGGGGAGAAACCACAUAAAUGCUUGGAGUGUGGGCAGAGCUUCAGCUGGAGUGGGAAUCUUAUUACACACCAUAGAACCCACACUGGGGAGAAACCAUAUAAAUGCUUAGAGUGUGGAAAGGGGUUUACAACGAGAGGAAAUCUUUCUAUGCAUCGUAGAACCCACACUGGAGAGAAACCACAUAAAUGCUUGGAGUGUGGAAAAAGCUUCAGCCGGAGUGGGAAUCUUAUUACACACCAUAGAACCCACACUGGGGAGAAACCAUAUAAAUGCUUGGAGUGUGGAAAGGGGUUCAGUACAUGUGGAGAUCUUUCUGUGCACCAUAGAACCCACACUGGGGAGAAACCACAUACAUGCUUGGAGUGUGGAAAGAGCUUCAGCACCAGUGGAUAUCUUAAUAAACACCAUAGAAUCCACACUGGGGAGAAACCUCAUAAGUGCUUUGAGUGUGGAAAGAGCUUCAGCCGGAGUGGAGUUCUUAAUAGACACCAUAGAACCCACACUGGGGAGAAACUACAUAAAUGCUUUGAGUGUGGAAAGAGCUUCAGCCAGAGUGGACAUCUUAAUGAACACCAUAGAACUCACACUGGGGAGAAACCAUAUCAAUGCUUGGAAUGUGGAAAGAGCUUCAGCCGGAGUGGAGAUCUUACUACACACCAUAGAACCCACACUGGGGAGAAACCACAUAAAUGCUUUGAGUGUGGAAAGAGCUUCAGCCAGAGUGGACAUCUUAAUGAACACCAUAAAAUCCACACUGGAGAGUAACCACAUAAAUGCCUCUAGUGUGGAAAGACUUUCAGCCAGAGUGGACAUCUUACCAAAGAUCUUAGAACAGCUCCUAUUGCAUCCACCCUUUGUAGUUUCUUUCUUAUUGACCACUAGGGACAUUUGAAGUAGUGAUAGUAACUGAGCGGAUUCUGCUUUCCCCACUUUCUUUGUAAAUCUGGGCUGCCCUGAUGGUUUGAUUCUUAUGUAGCAAACAUAAAUUGUCCUCUUUGCUAAGCAGGGUCGACUCUAGUUUGCAUUCAAAUGUGAAAUGAUGCAGAUGCAAAUAAUUUUAUUUAUUUAAUCAUAUUUCUAUACCGCCUGAUAUGUGCAUCUCUAGGCAGUGUACAAAAUUUAAAAUUAAAAGUCACAGAUUAAAAGACAUAACAAUAAAAAAAUAGAAUAAAGUAGUUAUUAAGGAAGUUUUUAAAAUGAUUAAAAAUGAAUUCUAAUUAAAAUCUGCAAAAACAGGAGAGUCUUGAGGUCCUUUCUGAAAACAAACAGAGAAGGAGAUGCUCUUAUUUAAGCAGGGAGCAUAUUCCAAAGCCCUGGGGCAGCCCCAGAGAAAGCCCAGUCCCGGGUCGCCACCAAAUGAGCAGGUGGCAACCAUAACCUGACCUCUCCUGCCCCGUGCUGGAUUUUCCCAGCCGUGGUUUGAUUACGAAUGCCGUGCAGCAAAAACGGAUCUUAUUAACUCUUACAAUCUUUAUCGAUCUACCUCUAAUCAGGUCACUUCUCAAGAUCUGAUUGUUAAAAAAAGAUUUUAUAAAAUUUUACUUGCAAAAAAAAAAGG